GGAUUUGGGAAUUUGUUUUAAAUAGAUCAAGUGAUCGAUAAAGACGUCGUGACGGGGAAGGGAAGAAUCGAAGCGAAAGAGCGGAUGCAACGGCACAGGUUGAGGCCCACCAUGGUGGCUGUCCUGCUCUCGCUGCUGGCCUGCGCAGUCGCCGGCUUCUUCCUCAUCACGUUGCUCGACGCCAACGUCUCCCCUUCCUCUUCCUCCUCGCUUUCAUCUGCAACCGCAGUGUACGAGCUCCCCGAGAGACAUGAUAUUAGGCCCAUAAGACGGCCUUCAGAACUCAGAUGGAUGCGAGAGGCAGCUGCUCCUCAACUUUCAACGAUUCGACAGUGGAAUGGUGCAAUUGAGGAUAAAACAGAGAGCAACCAGAAGCUAUGGAAGGCCCCAUUAAAUCGGCAAUUCGUGCCAUGUUCUAAACCUAGCUUGUCAUAUCUGUCUCCUCAGGCGUCAAGAGGUUACUUAUUAGUUAGCACCAAUGGCGGAUUGAACCAGAUGAGGGCAGGGAUAGCAGACAUGGUAGCAAUUGCACGGAUUAUGAAUGCCACUCUUAUUAUUCCAGAACUGGACAAGAGCUCAUUUUGGCUGGACUCAAGCAAUUUUGCUGAUGUCUUUGAUGAAGAGUAUUUCAUACAUUCAUUAGCCAAUGAUGUUAAAAUCGUGAAGAAACUACCAGAGGAGCUUUCUAGGGUUACCAAAGCGGUGGAAUAUUUUAUAAGCUGGUCUCCGCUGGAGUAUUAUCAGGAUAAAAUCUCUAAACUAUGGGAUGAUUUUAAGGUCAUCAAAGCUGCUAAAUCAGAUUCUCGUCUUGCUAAUAACAAUUUACCCCUAGAUGUCCAGAAGCUACGUUGCAGAGCUUUCUUUGAGGCUCUUCGAUUUUCUCCUAGCAUCCAAGCACUAGGAAAGUCAUUGGUAGAGAGAAUGAGAUCAUAUGGAUCGUUUAUUGCUUUGCAUUUGCGAUACGAAAAGGACAUGCUUGCUUUUAGUGGGUGCACAUAUGGCUUGAAUGUUUCUGAAGCAAAUGAAUUACAUCGAUCAGGGAAAAAAACAGCAUACUGGAAGGUGAAAGCUAUUGAUCCUCUUCAACAAAGGGUCAAGGGAUAUUGUCCCCUUACACCUAAGGAGGUUGGGAUUUUCAUUUCUUCUCUAGGAUAUCCAUCGAAUACUCCAAUAUAUGUUGCUUCUGGAAACAUAUAUGGCGGCAAUUCUCACAUGGCAGAUCUUGAAUCUCGUUUUCCCAUACUAAUGAGCAAGGAAAAAUUAGCAUCAGCUGCUGAGCUCAAACCAUUCAGACUUUAUGCAGCUCAAAUGGCAGCCUUGGAUUACAUCGUAUCUGUAGAGAGUGAUGUUUUCAUCCCCUCGUACUCAGGAAACAUGGCAAGUGCUGUUGGGGGUCACCGUCGUUACUUGGGCCACAGAAAGACAAUCACACCCAAUAGGGAUUGCUUAAACAAGGAAAGAAGCUAUCGAAGACUAUUCUUGAAAUCCAUAAGAAGCGGCAAGGGUCCCCUCGUAAAAGAAAAGGCCCCAUGCCAGGAACAAGAGGAAUGGAUAGAUUUCGUUCAGAAGAAGCGUUCUACAAGAAUCCUUUACCCGAUUGUUUAUGCCAGUCAGGAUCUACUACCAUGUAGUUCUUCAUUCAUUUUUUUUUAUCGACAGUUGUACACGAUAGAGAUUAGUCUUGACUGCUGCCAUACUGAUCGAAUAAGCGACUCCCUAGAUGCAUCUCAUGGAUAACUGAAGGUGGUGGAGAGUCAUUGACAGUUCGAUACAACCUGAAAUGAAGUUACUUGUAUAUAUUUAGGCAUUAGUUAAAUCUUAUAUUUUUGA